AUGGCUGCGUGCGAGAAGGCAGGCAAGUGGAAGAUGGUGCUGCACAUGCUCUCCUACCUGACCACGUUGCGGUUGCAGCCGGAUCGUAUCGCCUUCACUUCAUGUGUGGGUGCCAUUGAGAAGAUAGGCCUUUGGCAAGCAGCACUGCAGCUGCUGGAGGAUAUGAAGGGUUUCGCCUUGCAGGCUGACGUUGUCAACAUGUCCGGAAUACUGAGCGCCAUGGAAAAGGGACACAGGUGGAAGAAUGCACUUGCGCUCGUUUCCGACAUGACUCUGAAAUCGCUUCGGCCAUCCACUAUCAGCUAUUCCGCGGUCAUCAGCGCAUGCGAGAAAGGUCAAGUCUGGGAGCAAGCUUUGCACCUCUUUCAGGAGGUGAGAGACUACAUCCCCCUGGACGUGGCGAUUAUGAGUGCAGUGACGGCAGCCUGCGAUGUGGGCGGACGCUGGCAAGAUGCGCUAAGCCUUCUUCAGGCUACAUCUGCAUUGUCUAUCCAGGGUACUGCAGUGUUGUACAACGCCUGCAUCAGCGCGUGUGGCCGAUCUAUGCAGUGGGAAGCUGCGCUCUCCAUCUUGCGAUCGCAGAUCGGGUCCGAUGCGACCGGCCGGAACUGCGCUGUCCAAGCCUGCGCGGCUGCCAGAAGGUGGUCUUUGGCUGCUUCACUGGUAGAAGGUUGCCAUCACAACACCACACUGUCUGUCGUCUUUGCAGCAUGCCUGGCUUGUCAACAGUUGAUCACUGCGCGAAGAAUGUACUUUGCGCUGCUGAAGUCACGGAGCAAGUCGGAAGAGGAGGAGAUUCUGGUGGAAGGUUCGCAUCGGUCCCUAGCUCAAUAUCCGCGCCGUGUGGCGAAGACAGAGGCUGUCGGAGAGCCGAUGUCUCCAACAUGUGCAUCUCCGAGCAAUGUGUCUGCUGCUGUGGCUCGGAGACUUCUCGAUGUCCAUCGGCUGCGGUCCACGUGA